AUGUCCAAUAAUAACACUUACAACCCCAUUCAAGAUUAUCCCAGGAUCCGAUUGCCUGGAUGGGUCGAUGAGAUCUCCCCAGAAUACAAGCGACUAAGGAUUGCCAUCACUAGAAAAUACGGAUGGAUCUCAUUCUUCUCGUCAACCUUCAUAUUACUUUGCAUGGCCAUCGUGAAUUACGUUUACAAAACACAUUAUUACGCCAUCAGCAAAAGGCUAAAAAAAUUCUAUCACAGCCAUUCCCCGGUAUAUGGGUUUAUCGUCAACUCACGAAUCUCUCAGAUCGUUGCCUUUUGGUCUGUUUAUUCCCUAUUGAUCCUUACUCCCGAGUUGAAUUACGAUCUAAUGUUCCUUACCAAAAGAUUGGGGAGAUUGGCAGUGACCUUGAUGCCGUUGUUAUUAUUUUUAACUAUUAGACCAUCACCUAUGCCAAAAAAUUUAUAUCUCAGUUUAUUACCAGUGCACAAAUGGGUUUCAAGAAUUGUGGUAUGCCAAUCACUUUUGCACUCCAUUUUUUACACCGCCAGUUAUUUCCAUAAACAAACAUUAUCGAAAAUUUGGAAAAAACGGCAAAUUUUGGGAUGGAUCCCCAUGGCGGCAUUCCUAAUGAUAGCAAUUACCUCAUUAAGUCCAAUUAGAAGAAAAUAUUUCAAAUUUUUUUAUAUCAAUCAUUACCUUCUAACUUGGGUCUCGGUGAUUUGUUUAUUCUUCCACUCAAAACCUCCGGCAAACCUCGCGACUUUUUUGAAUGUCGCGGUAUUGAUUUAUCAAAUCUACCUUCGGUUCACCAAUACUUCUUUGGUAAAGCUCCAGAUCAUUCCAUUAUCUCCAAACUUGAAGGUCAUUGAGAUCGCCAAGCUGUCAAUUCCAGAAGGUCGGUUCGAAUUCAAACAUUCCAUCAUGCCUUGUUCACAUCUCAGAAUGCAAAAACGAUAUACUAAUCCGCUAAUAAACUGGUGGUAUAGGUUCAUUUCUCCAUUGGCCCAUCCUUACACUAUCGCGUCGCUUCCCAGCGACAAUUCUAUCGUAUUGGUGGUUAGAAAUACCAAGUUCGAUUUGAAUAAUAUCGACGAAUACUAUAUUACCGGCACGUAUGAUCCCGACCUCGAAUUUGUGGAAUUUACUGAGAAACGUGAUGAUUUUAUUAGCCGUCCUGUCAAUAGCCACCACUCUUUUAGCAGAUGGUUCAAAGACUCGCCGAUCAAGAAAUCACUUUUGAAAAACUCCAACAUCGUGACCCUUACCUCAUAUUAUAAAGUUUCGGCGUCCAGAAUGUUGAUGAUCAUUGGCGGGUCAGGGAUAUCUGUGGCAUUACCAUUACUCAGAAUUUUGAGCAUUCAAGGGAUCCCUUCGAAAAUCAUUUGGGUUAUCAAGGAUAUUCAAGAUUUGAGACUUUUCAAACAUUUUAAAAAUAUCGAUGUCAAUGCCAUUGAAAUCUAUUUGACCAGCAAGACUUAUAAAUUUGAACAUCUUCGAGAAAAUAUUUUAAGACUCGACGAAUUGCUAUUUGAUAAAUUGGAUGAUCAUGAAAAUAAUGCCAGCGUUUUACCAAUGAUAUCGAUUAACGGGGUUAAAGACCUGGAUUACGAUACUAGAGAGGUUGAUUUUACGAACUUUGGGGCCACGAUGCCGCCAGUUGAGGAGAAUGACCUUGGUGAUAAACAUAAUUAUUUCACGGUACCAAUAAUUAGAAAGACAAGGAGAUCAAAAUCGUUGUCAUCGGUCGACACCCCACCUUGUUAUGAUGAUUUGUUCAAAAGGAAAAGACUUUCGGGGAAGAAAUCGAUCAAGGAUUUGAUUACUGACAGAUUGAAUUUGGAUACAUUUCGUAAAGAUCACCAAGAAAAUGCUGAUGAUGAUGAUGAUAUCCAAGGCUCUAAUGCCGAUAAUGUGGGGAUUAAUAUUUCGAAAUAUUCAAACAAUUACGACACAAAAAUUAAGCAAGAGCGGGUACUCAAUAAGAGCAAAUCUAUUCUGGGGAACUUGUUAACCUCAGACCUUGACACCAUUUCUAAUUACGGGUCGAUCAACCACGACGACCACGAACCAUUAUUGCCCAGGACAAGUUCCAAGAUUUGGAAAACCAAUGAGGAAUUCAAAUUACCAAUCAUCAUCAAAGCCGAUAGAGCUUCCAAUGGACAGUAUGCCAGUAUUGUCAAACAGCUCAAGAUUUAUAGAGGAAGACCGGUUUUAGGACAAAAUGAGUUUAACUGGUGCCUCAACCAUUUUUGUACCGGCACUUCUGAAAAUUCUUCGAUAAAUACGGAUUUCAAUGCUAUUGAAGAAGAGGAAACUUCUGAUCUUUUACAUCCUCCCGGAGGUAGUAGCCACUACCAUCAAAAGAGACAUGUCGAUCGAUCACCAUCUAAUGGGUCACACGCGGUUGUUGAGUGUUGUAAAGAUAUGGGAUCGGUUGAUCUUGAUGAAAUUCUUGAGAAAGUCUGGGUCGUUGGGGUGGGUCCCGAAGGAUUAACCAAGAAGGCCAAGCUAUGGGCCAGAGAAAAUAGGUUGAACUUCCAUGAUGAGAGUUUUUCUGUUUGA